GCAGUUCGCGCGUGCGCACUGGCCUGUGUUGUGUUGCUGAGGGAAGCCGACUAAAAAAAGAUGGCGGCGGCCACUCUGUCCUUGCGAGGGGUGCUGCGAGCGGGUUUCUCGGCGACGAAGAGGGCCGGCCUUGCGUCUAGGAGGAGCUACGCUUCGGCCGCUUCCCCGACCGGCGAGAAAGUGACGCACACGGGGCAGGUUUAUGAAGAAUAUGAUUACAGACGGGUUCGGUUUGUUGGACGACAGAAAGAGGUCAAUGAGAGUUUUGCAAUUGAUUUAAUUGCUGAGCAGCCUGUGAGUGAAGUUGAAACCAGAGUUGUAUCCUGUGAUGGUGGAGGAGGAGCUCUGGGACAUCCUAAAGUUUAUAUAAAUUUGGAUAAAGACACGAAGACAGGAACAUGUGGCUACUGUGGACUUCAGUUUAAGCAGAAGCACCAUCACUGAAACACUUUUUCUCACUGCCUCCUUCAGAACUGUUAGCUUUCUAUCUUAUAAAAUUAAAUAUGUAUUUUAAAGGGCA